GCCGCCGCCGCAACCAUGCACCCCGCGGGCCCCCCGGCCGCCCCGGCUCCGCGCCGCGGCCGCCACCCCCCGCCCGGGCGCCCCGCGCAGCCGCCGCGGCUCCCCGCGCCCACCCCGGCCCCAGCCGCGCGCCCGUCGCCCCCGGCGCCCGGGCCGCGGCCCCGCGUGGCCGUGAAGAUGGCCUUCCGCAAGGCCUACUCCAUCAAGGACAAGCUGCAGGCCAUCGAGCGCGUCAAGGGCGGCGAGCGGCAGGCCAGCGUGUGCCGCGACUUCGGGGUGCCGGGCGGCACGCUGCGCGGCUGGCUCAAGGACGAGCCGAAGCUGCGCUGGUUCCUGGAGCAGCUGGGCGGCGAGGUGGGCACGCAGCGCAAGAAGAUGCGGCUGGCCAACGAGGAGGAGAUCGACCGCGCCGUCUACUCGUGGUUCCUGGCGCUGCGCCAGCACGGCGUGCCGCUGUCGGGGCCGCUCAUCCAGGCGCAGGCCGAGGCCUUCGCGCGCCAGAUCUACGGGCCCGAGUGCACCUUCAAGGCCAGCCACGGCUGGUUCUGGCGCUGGCAGAAGCGCCACGGCAUCUCCAGCCAGCGCAUCUACGGCGAGGCCGAGCCCCUGGCCGCGGGCCCCGCGGCCGGCCCGCCCGUCAAGCAGGAGCCCGCGCAGUCCCCCGGCUCGGGCGCCGGCCCCCUGCCCGACCGGGCCCCAGCCCCGCCGCCCCCCGCGGAGGGCGGCUACGGCGACGAGCAGAUCUACAACGCGAACGUCACUGGCCUCUACUGGAAGCUGCUUCCGGAGCAGGCCGCGCCCCUGAGCGCGGGGGACCCCGGCGCGGGGGGCUGCGGCCGGCGCUGGCGGGGUGACCGGGUGACCGUGCUUCUGGCCGCCAACCUGACCGGCAGCCACAAGCUGAAGCCCCUGGUCAUCGGUCAGCUGCCAGAUCCGCCUAGCCUGCGCCACCACAACCAGGACAAGUUCCCCGCCUCCUACCGCUACAGCCCGGACGCCUGGCUCAGCCGUCCACUGCUGCGGGGCUGGUUCUUCGAGGAGUUCGUCCCCGGCGUGAGGCGGUACCUGCGCCGCAGCUGUCUGCAGCAGAAGGCUGUGCUGCUGGUGGCCCACCCGCCCUGCCCCAGCCCAGCAGCCAGGAUGCCCGCCCUGGAGGACAGCGAGGACACCCUCCGGCGGUGUCGGCCUGAGCCCCUCAGUCCCCCAGAAGAGCUCCAGACCCCGGAUGGCGCUGUGCGCGUGCUCUUCCUGUCCAAGGGCAACAGCCGGGCGCACAUCCCGGCACCACUGGAGCAGGGUGUUGUAGCCGCUUUCAAGCAGCUGUACAAGCGGGAGCUGCUGAGGCUGGCCGUGUCCUGUGCGGGGGGCUCACCGCUGGACUUCAUGCGCAGCUUCAUGCUCAAGGACAUGCUCUACCUGGCCGGCCUUUCCUGGGACCUGGUGCAGGCGGGCAGCAUUGAGCGGUGCUGGCUGCUGGGCUUACGGGCGGCCUUCGAGCCCCGGCCCGCCGAGGAGUGUGCUGGGCAGCCCGCCUGCCAGACCGAGGAGGCCGCGGAGCACAGCCGGGUGCUCAGCGACCUCACGCACCUGGCAGCCCUGGCCUACAAGCGUCUGGCGCCGGAGGAGGUGGCCGAGUGGCUGCACCUGGACGAUGACGGGGGGCUGCCCGACGGCUGCAGAGAGGACGCAGGCCCUGGUCGGCCCCCUGUGCUGGUCCCUGCUGCCCCUCCCACCCUGGCCAGCCUACCCUCUGUCAUGGGGGGUGGGGAGGAGGAGGAGGAGGCUGCUGUGCCCACAGCUGGGGAGGCUGUCCGGGGUCUGGAGACAGCUCUGCGGUGGCUGGAGAAUCAGGACCCCCAGGAGGUGGGGCCCCCCAAGCUGGUGCAGCUGCGCUCCCUGAUCAGCAUGGCCCGGAGGCUGGGGGGCAUCGGUCCCUCUCCUGCAGUCCCCGAGGACGGGGUGUGACCGAGCCAGCCUGAGCGGCCCCCACGUUGGCUGUUCUCCUGCUGCACUUGGAGGGAGGGGACACACUAAGUCUUCCAUUUCCUCUCUUUCCCUCCUCUGGGAUGGCCCACCCCAUAGCUCAGGGGGCUCCAGGGGUCCCAGCCACAGGCUGGCUUGGAGGCGCUCUGUUAGGCUGUGCUCCACCAGUCCCCAUCUUCCUGAGGGGGAGCUAGAAGAGGGGCCCCGGGCACCUACAUCUCCUCCCUGGGCAAGCACACUCUUGGGGUCUGUGGUUUUAGCUGGGGUCCCUUGGCACACACACGACGUAGCGCACUAAUCAGAGCCGAUCUUGGUUUUCCGGCUCUGGCCGUUGUGGGGCUGAGACCUUGAGCCCGGUGCCCGUACCUCCUCCCUCCUCCCCGGCGGCCCAUCACGUGCACUGGACAGGGGCCGGCACUCCCGCAAGUCUGGAGCUCUGGUGCUUCACGGUUCCCAUGCCUGGCCACGCAGUCAUCGCAGAGGCACACCGCUCUGUUUUGGUGUUCAGCACGUUACACCCGUUUUUACAGAUGUCUUGCCUGGCGGCCAGCACAGUGUCUCAUUCUCCAGCCUGGGGCUGGUCUUGGAAGUUGGCUCCGCAGAGGCUGGGGAAGGAGGAUGGGGCCCAGUGACUGGGGACCCCGAAGUGCUGGACGCAGCAGGGAGUGUAGAUUUCUCUUCCGCUGGAAUUGUUAGUUUUCCUUAAAAUUCCACUCCCAAACCGCUGUCCUAUUCUAUGGAGUUAGCAGCCUUCUAGACUUGG